AUGAACGAAGUCGAUGCAACGGGGCGGAGUGGUCAGCGAGACGAUGGAGAAGCGCCAUCUCUGUUGACCAUCAUCCUGGACACAAACCCUCACGCCUGGGCACUACUUGAAGAUUCACUAUCGCUCCAAAAGGUCGUUGUCAACCUGCUUGUCUUCAUCAACGCUCACAUCGCCAUCAAUCAUGCAAACCGCGUAGCAGUAAUUGCAAGUCACUCGGAGCGAGCAGAAUGGCUUUACCCAACUCCCUUGCAAGCACAUUCGGCGACCGCGAACGGCACUUCGAAUGGCGAAGAUGUAGAAAUGAUGGACGACGGCACAGCUGGCAGCGGAGGUCCAGUGCGGCCGCCAGAUGAUGCGAACAAGUAUCGACCUUUUGCUCAUAUCGAGCACGCCAUUACCACGAACCUGCGCCGUCUGGUGGAAAGCACCUCUCCCGAUGCACUCCAAUCAACUCCUGCAACUAUGAUGGCGGGUGCUUUGACCCGAGCACUUGCAUACAUCUCUAAACAAACUGCGAGUCUGCCAUCGGGCUCGUCUUCAGCUCAACAAUUCAACUACUCUGACCCGUCCUCAGUCGCUGGCGGCAACGAAGCCUCCGCAUCAUCUGCCGCUGGCUCGGGUCCCAACAUCUCUGGCCUGACAUCCCGUCUACUCAUACUGUCUGUCUCUGGCGACCUAGCGAACCAGUAUAUCCCUAUCAUGAACAGUAUCUUCGCAUGUCAACGGCUCUCCAUCCCCAUUGAUAUCCUCAAGAUCUCUGGAGACACCAUCUUCCUCCAACAAGCCGCCGACGCAACAGGUGGAAUCUACCUCUCGCUAUCCACCCCAGAACUCCGCGCCGGACUCCUCCAAUUCCUCAUGCAAGCCUACCUACCCGAUCUUGCAGCCCGUCGACACCUCAUACUACCUGGCGAAGGGGACUCCGGUGUCGACUUCCGCGCAGCAUGUUUCUGCCAUCGCAGAAUCGUGGACAUCGGGUUCGUGUGCUCGAUAUGUCUCAGCAUCUUCUGUGAACCGUCUUUGCACGAUAAUACGUGUUUGACAUGCGGAAGCUAUUUGCAAAUGACGAAUUAUGGACAGAAGCCGGCUGUUGUGCCAAAGCCAAAGAAGAAAAAGAAGAAGAGAGCUCCGGGAAUGGAUGGAAGCGGAACUCCGGACAGCAGAGCCGCGACGCCGAUGCCUUGA